AUGGCGAACACAGCCACCUCAAGCCCACCGGUGGAGACGCCGCCCUUGCCUGGCAAUGACAGCAACCUUGAGCCCAGCUCCACGACCACGGGCAACUCGUACGCACCUGCGAGCGCGGCUGAGUCCUCCGAGGAACUGAAGCGCUUGACGGCACUGGGCGCGCUGCUGGUCAACAUGGGCGCCGCCUCCGAGGAGAAAAUCUUCGGCAUGAAGGACUCGGCUCCGAUGCUGGCGUACCGCCAGAAUCGCAUGCACGAGCUCCUCGUCAUCAACCGCCCGCAGGACGACGCGGCCGCGCACAUGUUCAUCUGGUACAAGCCGUGGACGUGGUGGAGUAGCGGCGCACAGGUGUCGCCGAUUGUCAAGAGGAUGCUGACGGAAGAGGGGAGCGCGAGUGCGCCAAGGACAACGGCGCCGCCCCAGACCAGUGGUAGUACACAGACGGAGGCAGACGUAGUCGCGCCGCCACCGCCGCCGGACGCCGUGGAGUCCAAGGCAGCGCCGUCGAAGAGAAAGAAAGGCCUGCCUCCGGUGGACAUGCGUGCGUUGACGGACGAGGAAGUGGAUGCCCUCACCCCCGCUGUGCGCGACGAGCGUGCGAAGCUGCUGCGCUCGGAGAAGCACAUCCAUGAGACGCUGCAGGGGAUGGAAGACACACGAUACCGUUACCUGGUCCCUUCGCGUGACCUCAAGUGUGAGGCCGAGGUGAUGGCCGUGGUGCGGUGCUACGCGGAACGCAACGAAGCCAAGGCUGCCUCUCUUGCAGCGGAGGGCGGCCGCGCUCCGUCGGGAGCAGCUGCUGCAUCGCACAACGGGCCAAGUGGCGGAGGGGAGAAGGCAACGGUGCGGGCGGACUUGUUAGCAUGUGGGCUGCACGUGCAACGCCUUAAGGUCUGUGCGGAGUCGAUGGUGAUGCAGUAUAGUCGAGAGGGCGAGGCAGCGUAG